UGCUGUACGCUGUCACAGAUUCACCAAAACGCUGCUCGUGUUUUAUUUUCUGCCCAACUCCCUGCAGGAUAAAAAGCUCCCGGCUCAGACCCAACAUGGGUUAGAGAGAAAGAGAAAGCCACCUAUGGAUUAUCCACUUUGUGCACUUCAGCGAGGAUGAUGGGGGGAGAAGCGGACUUGUUUUCGCAGAGACAUCCUGACAAAGACGGGGACUGAGAUCGGGAUUCGCUGCUUCUUCUCUGUCUCGCUUUGCCUCUCUUGUCUUUUUUUAAAAUUAUUUUUCCAGCUUUAUUAUUAUUUUUUAUUAUCACUAUUAUUUCCCCCGCGUGUGUGCGAGACAGAGAAAUGUUUGCAGAAUUGCUGUGCGGCGCCGUGGCUCUGGUCCUGUAUGUCAACACUCUGGGCGCCGAUUUCUGCUACGAUGACAGCCGUGCAAUCAAGACUAAUCAGGACCUGCUCCCAGAGACCCCCUGGACAAAUAUCUUCUACGAUGACUUCUGGGGCACCUUACUCACACACAGUGGCAGCCACAAGUCUUACCGGCCCCUCUGCACCCUUUCCUUCCGCCUCAACCACGCUGUGGGUGGGCUGGAGCCGUGGGGUUACCACCUGGUGAACGUGGCCCUCCAUGGUGCCGUGACGGGCCUCUUCACCUCGCUGGCUCGCCUGCUGCUCGGCGGCGGCCUGUGGAGCCUGCUGGCCGGCCUGCUCUUCGCUUCCCACCCGAUCCACACCGAGGCGGUGGCGGGCGUGGUGGGCCGGGCCGACGAGGGCGCUGCCCUGUUCUUCUUGCUGUCCCUGCUGUGCUACAUGCAGCACUGUAAGCUGCGGGGCCACGCUGGGCCCUGGCGGCUUGUGGCCUGGUUCCUGGGCAGCCUGGGCUGUGCAGCGUGCAGCAUGCUGUGGAAGGAGCUGGGAGUCACCGUUCUGGCUGUUUCAGCGCUCUACGACGUCUGCGUUUUCCACAAGCUCAAAUUGCGACAGGUCAUCACGCUCCUCUACAAGAGAAAGAACGUCCACCUGCUGCUGAAUGUGUUUCUGCUGGCCGCCUGGGGAGCCGUCCUAUUGGCUGGCCGCUUCUACUGGAUGGGCAACAAACCUCCCAACUUCUCCAACUCGGACAACCCGGCGGCCGACUCGCCCUCGCUCCUCACCAGGACGCUAACCUUUUUCUACCUGCCUGCCAUCAACUUUUGGCUCCUCCUUUUCCCGGACACGCUCAGCUUUGAUUGGUCCAUGGACGCCCUGCCUUUGAUCAGGGGCCUUGCUGAUUGGAGGAACUUACACACGGUCUUCUUCUAUCUCGGGUUGCUGUUGUUGGCUUGGUUCAGCCUGUGGACCCAAAAGAUGGCUAAGGGCAAGGAAACCAAUGGCAAAGCGCAUCAUUACACCAAUGGCAGGAAUGGGAACAGCAAUGGACACAGUUACCAAUAUAACAAUCAUGAACAUAUGAAUAAUUCCCACACAGACGGUCACAAUAAUAGUGCACAAAAUGGUACCAAAAAGCACUAUGAGAGCAGGACUCCACUGCCCACCACUGAAAAUGUUGUGGUGUUCUCUCUAGGCCUGCUGGCUAUCCCUUUCCUCCCUGCCACAAACUUGUUUUUCUAUGUGGGCUUUGUGAUAGCAGAGAGAGUACUGUACAUCCCCAGCAUGGGCUUCUGCCUGCUGGUGGCCGUGGGGAUGAGGUCCCUGUACAUCCGUCUGCGCCGUAGAUCCUCCAGGGCGAUGUUGGUGUACUGCAGCACUGCCGUGGUUCUUCUUUUAAGUGUCAAAACUGUUUUGAGGAACCGGGACUGGCAGAAUGAGGAGAUGCUCUACAAGUCGGGGAUUUACGUCAAUCCUGCUAAAGCAUGGGGCAACCUUGGAAAUGUGCUGAAGAGCCAGGGUGAGAUGGAGGAGGCUGAACAGGCGUACAGAAAUGCCCUCUAUUACCGCAGCAACAUGGCCGACAUGCUGUAUAACCUCGGUUUGCUGCUACAGGAGAGCAACAAGUUCUCCGAGGCGCUCCACUACUAUAAGCUGGCCAUUGUGAGCCGGCCAACUCUGGCCUCGGCCUACUUGAACACAGGCAUCAUCCUGAUGAAUCAGGGCCGCCUGGAUGAGUCCAAGCGCACCUUCCUGACCUGCGCUGACAUCCCUGAUGAGAACCUGAAGGACCCCCACGCCCACAAGAGCUCCGUCACCAGUUGCUUGUACAACCUGGGCAAGUUGCUCCACGAACAGGGACACCAGGAGGAGGCCCUCACAGUGUUUAAAGAAGCAAUACAGAAAAUGCCAAGACAGUUUGCACCACAGAGCCUCUACAACAUGAUGGGAGAGGCCUACAUCAGACUGAACAAGCUGACUGAUGCUGAACACUGGUACAGAGAGUCCCUGCGAGCCAAGCCGGACCACAUCCCUGCACACCUCACCUACGGAAAACUCCUGGCCAUGACGGGGCAGAAAACAGAAGCGGAGAGGUACUUCCUGAAGGCCAUCCAGCUCGAUCCCACAAAAGGAAACUGCUACAUGCAUUAUGGUCAGUUUUUGUUGGAAGAGUCGCGGCUGCUGGAAGCGGCAGAGAUGGCGGAGAAAGCUGCACGCCUCGACAGCGGCGAGUUUGAUGUGGUCUUCAGUGCAGCCCACAUGCUCAGACAAGCCAGCCUGAACGAGGCAGCCGAGAAGUAUUACGGACAAGCAGCGAACCUGAGACCUAAUUAUCCUGCCGCCUUGAUGAACCUGGGGGCGAUCCUCCACCUCAACGGGAAGCUGCAAGAAGCUGAAGCCAAUUACCUCCGAGCACUUCAACUGAAACCGGACGACACCAUAACACAGUCCAACUUGCGUAAGCUGUGGAACAUUAUGGAGAAACAGGGCCUGAGGACCAUGAGCCCCUGAGCUCACCCCGCCCACCGACCUGCCAUCUGCACGCCAGACCCCGUGGGGACGGGCGGCCUACACGCUGCUCAUUCGCUCUUCUCAUCCAGGAAAGAUGGAAGAGACUCAGAGAGGCCAGGACUGUGCCGCACAGCCCUCCUAAUAACUCCUGAGCUCUGCAUACACCUCAGGCCAGCAGCUUUCCUCAGAAGCAUUGCUCACCGUUUGGCAGGCGCUACGUGGUAUUUGGACUCUUUAGAACGUUCUUCAAGAUUAGUGCUCUCACAGGAACCACGUUUUUGUUCUUUUCUCUUUUUUUGUUUCUUUUAUAACUCAAGCACUUAAACUUGAAGUAAGACCAUAGGUACAUCCUGCAGUAUUUGUGAUGAAUUAGGGUUUUUUUUAAAUCAGCAAUUGUAGUUUCAAAGGGGUGGAACUUGUCUCAGAGCAGUGUGAGCUAUAAGCUAUAAGAGAAAGAAAAGAAUCUCAGAGCACUGCACUGAGAUGAUUUUCCAUCACAAUUUAAUAAAGGUCUUGGUUUGAUCUGCUGUUACAUCUUAAUAAUGAAGAAAAAAAGGCAAUAUGAAGAUUUGGAUAUCAUCCAAAAUCACCAAAUUAAGUUUAAAUCACAGUUUAAAUUGUCAUCAGAGUACACACAUAAUCCCAUAAUGAAGGUAUGACAAUUUGCACCAUCACUGCAAGCCAUUUGUAGCAGAUGUCCUGAUGUUUGGUGAAAACUUGAAAAAGGGAAUUUAAUUUGGUAGCCAUUACAGCACAACAAUAGCCUCUAAAAGCUCCACGAAGGCUGGAUUUUGCCAAAAACUGCAUGUUUUGGCAAGAAAAAACUCAAAAGCAAAGGAAAAUGGGACUCCUUUCACGUUUUAAUGCCUUAUAAUAAAAGGUGUGAGUCUUCUCUAGCAGUGUACAGUAGCAUACAGGGGGCAUUUUUACCACUACUGCCUCUUGUUCUGCACUGGAGAGGAAGUCAAGUCACCAUGGUAACUAAGCAAUGAAUGGAAAUAACAAAGAGGCAGGUACAGUCGUUUUGGGGAACAUGUUUCCACACACGCCUGAAGCUUUUACAGAUAAAAGUGCGGAGCUGAAUCAGAUGAAAGAGUUCUUCUAACCAAAUACAAAAGCGAUGCCGAUGCACACCUUUUCAUCACAGAACAAUGCACAGACACAGCAUGUCUCAGUUUUAUGUUUUUGUUGGAAUAAAACUAAUUUCAUUGUGUUUGUAAAUGAAUCCUAAUAUAUACCUACAUUGUGUAUAGUAUACAGAAAAUCUUGCAGCAAAAAAGUAGCCAGACUGAAAGUGGAAGCUCAUCUACUGAGCGAGUUUGGUUUCGUUACAUGAAGUAUUUCUCAUAUUGUCGGUCUUAAGGUCUCAUUUUGUAUAUAUUCUGUGUAAUUAACAUCUAUUUGUUUGUUGUUGUUGUCAGCAUACGGUAAGUGAAACAGCACCUUGCAGGAAGUAAGACUUUGUACAGUAUUUGUGAUCAUUUGUUCGUUAUUGGCCACAAACCUCCCGAACUCUCUGUGUCCUUAGUUUAUACAUUGUAAGUUAUUGUAAGUUUAUACAUUGCUUCGUGGUACCUUAGCAACCGAACCAGCUGGCACUGUGUUUUACAUGUAAAAUGAAGGAAGUUAGCAGAUGUGAUGCACACGUUUGUGGUCAUUGCUGAGAAAAAUCUCCAAAUACAGUCGAGAGGUUCUUUAUUGGUAAAACAGAGGAUCAAAUGUUGAAUAUAUAUGUCACUUGUUGCAGUCACACUGUUCUGUUUUUGACUGUGAUGGUCACUUGUGAUAUGUUUAGUAAUAUAACUCAGUUCACAUUCAUUCACACAUCCCGUAGUCAAAGAGCUUCUCCUGUGUAUAUAAAGUGUUUUUGAACAAACACUGAUAAUUGCUAUUGCUUGAGUGAAGAUGUAAAAGAAAAAGAAAAAGCUGUUUCACUCUGUGUCUCUGCUCAGGGAUCUCAAGCGGUUAUGGGUUAUUGCAGACACUUGUUCACAGAGCGUUUACUAAAUUAAAGAUUUAUUUUUGAAAGUUGUCGUAUUUGUAUAAAUUAUCGAGAUUUGUAGCCUUUUUCUCCUUUUUGUAAUAUAAAGAUGAACAAUGUGCCAGGAUAGACUUUUUUUUUUCCCAAUGUUGCUUUUUAUUUCCACAAUAAAUUUAUGGUGUUCUGCUUUUG